GAAUAAUACCAUAUAAGACUAUGAGUGGAGCCGUUGCCCUUGCUUGUUUGAAGGCUUAAGAGGGUGUUCCUACCCCAUAUGAUAAGAUGAAGAGGAUGGUCAUCCCUGAUGCUCUUAAUGUCUUGAGGCUACAGAAGGGUCACAAGUACUGCUUGUUGGGCCACUUAUCAUCUGAGGUUGGAUGGAACCAUUACGACACCAUCAGGGAGCUGCAGAAGAAGAGGAAGGAGAGGGCUUAAGUUGCAUAUGAGAGGAAGAAGCAGCUGAACAAGCUUAGGAUAAAAGCUGAGAAGACUGCGGAGGAGAAACGUGGCUCUCAACUAGACAGCCUUGCCCCUGUUAAGUUCUGAGUUUCUUGUGGCUAGUUAGUUUCUUACAAUUUUGUUAAGGUUAUCUGUAUGUAUUUGACUGUUUUAUUCUGCUGGAGGUGUGGAGGCUGGGUAUUUGUUGAAACUUGAGUUGCCCUGUUUUCUUAUUUUUGGCUUUAGGAUACUUUCAAUAUAUUUCAGAUAUAUUACUAUCACUAGUCAAUGCAUUAACAUUCUUAGUAUUGCUAUUGUUUUGGAAUUUUAUAUGUUGUGACCGUUGAUCUUGGUGUGGAGUCGAUACAUGGCAUUAGAAAACGAUUGCAAUUGCUUUCGAUUUUGGAUUUUGGAUUUUGGUCUUAGCCUCUAGGCAGUUUAUAAGUCGUGUUUAUUAUCAAUUUCUGGCUAAGAUCCAAGUAUUUCAAAUUCCUUAAGUCAAGCAAGGAAGAGCUUAUUUCACUAUCGAUCGGAGUCCAGCUAAUGCUAUCAAGACCAAGUAUGAGAAUAUAGGAGGGAGAUCAAGCAGGCUGACGUGGCUAGUUUGAUUGUCACACUCAAACACCUUUUUAUCUGCAUCAAUCUUCUCCAGUUGUCCAUGAAACAAGGUUUCCAUAGUCAAGAAGUCCUUCCCGGAAACUUAUGAAGAGCUUGCAUCUUAUGCUCUAAGCAUAAUUCAUCUGAACCUCCAGAACUUCAAGCAAAUCCACUAAUAGUUAAAAUGUACAGUUGCAGCAACAUGUUCAGAAUUUGAAGUGUUCUUGGUGUUCUACUGCCCUUCCUGAAGACAGUGGUACUGCCCUUCCUUCAACUGCAAGGACUUCUUCAUGCGGUAGGCACGGUUUUGAAUGGCGACCGAUCCCCAUUAAAAGUCUGAUUGCAUCCAAAAACCGUUGGUAAAAAAAAAUGACCUAAUCGCACCGUGAUUUCGUUUGUAUACGAACGGGGCUAUUGUUCUUAGAAUGCAUAUGAGUCUAAAAUUGAACAAAACGUUGACGUAGUUUAAACGACACGGUUGGUCUUACAACGGAGAAUAUAAAAAGACAAGCAAAAUGCAGUUGACAGCGGUAAGUUUGUUCAUACGUGAGGCAAAUCCUCAAUAGAUGUGAUAUAGCCACUUUCCCAAUAGCGUAAUUCUAAAAACCUUGGAAACUGACGGCCCUUUCAUUCUUGUCUGACGCCAUGAAGUUUCUCCGAGCUUUGUUUGUUCUCGUGGCUUUCUUAGCGUUGAGAUUCUGGGACCCAACUUCUCUUGCUGUUUCCUGAACGCAUGAGUUCACACUUCACCUCCGUAACUGAUCAACUCAAUUCCCUGUAAAAAUCCAGGUUUUUACUCACUUUUCCUGGAAACUACGCUACUUUUUUUUGAUCCUAAGAAUUGAUUGUGUUUUUGGACUUCACUAUUUUACUUUUCCUAUUCUUCAUGUGCUGUUCAUGAAGCUGACUAGAAUUCCGUGUCGUCUUUGUUUUUCUCAUGGUGGGUUGUUUUUCCAGGGCUACUUCUUGGCACCAAAUUACUGCAGAACUUUUUUUUUUUUUUGGGUUUUAACCAGAAUUUCAUUUCUCUGGGGAUCUUCAACUCUUCAAAUUUUAAUGGUUUCCCUUACAAUUCCUUCAUGGACCUUAAUUGGUCUUAUUAGAGCCUUUCUUGACCUUGCCGUAGCUUAUUUCCUUCUAUGAGGAUCAACCUUGGGGUUUUUUGCUUGGAAAUUUUAUCAUGUUUUUGGAUUUCUCUUGCCGUGUCCUUGUUCUGGGUUUUUUGGGUACCAAAAUAGCAAACUGUGCUGGCAUAAUCUGCUCAUUCAAUGGCCAACAAGAAAGAUUUAUUCUGUUCCAAAGCUGGCUUUGAAUAGGUUCCCUUUUAACUUCGUUUGGUUCAACGAUCAAGAGUGGAAUUCGAAUGCCAAGUUCAUUACAGAUGGAAAAUUUAGCAAUGGGGUAAUUGAAUUGGAGGAUGAAGCAUGUUCUAGUUCACCUUCAGGUUUUAAGAUUGCAAACUAUGCUGGAUAAAAAGAGUGGAUAUGAUGCAAAGGGAAAGAAAAUUAUAGAUCAGAAGCAGAAGUCUGGAAUUCAACGACGUAAGAGAUCUGCUUUUGGCUAUGGAAAAUCCUCUCCUGUAUUGGUGUCUGGUAAUUUCCCAUCAGCUGUUGCAGGUGUUUCAUGUUCCUCUUAUUUUAAUGGUGGUGAAACAAGAAGUGAAAUUAGUGAAUUCAGCAAUGGUGAGGAAAAAGGUUCAAGUUUUAUAAGAAAAUUCACUUGUAACACUAAUGAAAAGUUAGGGAUUACUGGAGAUGAAGCAAUUCAGAUCAACAUGUUGGAACAAGCUCUUGAAGAAGAAAAAGCUACACUUGCUGCUCUAUACCUGGAGUUGGAGAAAGAAAGUCCUGCUGCUGCUUCUGCUGCUGAUGGAGCCAUGGCAAUGAUUUUGCGUCUGCAAGAGGAUAAUGCAUCAAUAGAAAUGGAAGCAAGGCAAUAUCAAAGGAUGAUAGGAGAAAAAUUUGCUUAUGAUGAAGAAGAGAUGAUCAUUCUAAGAGAGAUCCUUGUUAGGAGGGAGAAGGAGAAUCACCUUUUGGAGAAAGAAGUUGAAGCUUACAGGCAGAUGAAUAAUCUAGGAGACGAGCAAAAAUGUUGGCCUUCAAAAAAUGAGACUUCAUCAGAAUGGAAAAAAAGUCAUACUGCGGCUGUUAAUUUAGCAGGGAAACGAGAAGGACAAGAUGAUGAUGCCAUAGUAUGCCAAGCAAUAGCAACCAAAACUGCCCAAAAUUUCACUGCCUUUGAGAAAACUUCUUUAUGUGCAGAAGGGCUCGAGAGAAAUGCAGAAAUCAGGAAGCCACUAGGCAGCAAUCAGCAUGAUUCCACACUUGAUACGGAACCAGCUAUUUGUGAUGUCCAUGUUGUUGAUGAUAAAAUAGACAUUCCAAAGGAGGAGAAUAGAAAAGAAACAACCUGCCAACUUUUUCUGCUUCAGAUCACAAAACCAUGCUAUAUGACUUGGGGAAUAGUUCUUCUGCAGUCAGUAAUGAGAGGUUGGAGAUUGACACUGAAAUUGAACACCUUAGAAACAGGUUACGAAUAGUGCCAGGAGAAAAAGAGAAGUUGACUUUCUAUGCAGAUCAGACGUAAAGGGUAGAUUCCCUAUUGAAACACAUUGAGGAGCUGGUGAACCAGCUUCAAGAAUUUCAGCAGCUAGAGGAGCGUGUUCGAUUGACUUCUUUACCUCCGUCAGCUUCAUCUUCUAAGGUGUGUCACAUUUCAAUUUGGCUGUUUAUAAUUAUUGUCUCCUUGCUUGUUUAGCUAUCUUCUGGUCAAUAACAGCUUUAUGCUGUUUUUCUUAUAGUAAAUUUCCAUUUGUGAUUCCCGAAAGUGAGGAAACAGGAGUCUGCUUUUUUCUCCAAUAAAAAGAACAAAGUGAUUAUUAGUGUUGAUGCAGAAUCUUUGAAAUUUCAGAGUACCAUGUCUGCAUGGAAAGUGGACAACUCAAGCGAGUUAAUGUCCACUGAGUUCACAUAGUGUACAAAGUAAAACAAAACUGGCCAUAGUUUUCCCAGAUGUAAACCCGUUUAUUAAGCGUAAAAAUAGUAAGGAAUGACCCUAUUCGUUCCAUGAAUUUUGUGAUCAACUUUGAAAAAAAUAUAUUUGCUCUCAGCGUCUCUUGUCCACUGUCAUGUUUCCUUCAUAUUUACUAAUUGAUAAGACUCCAUUUGCAGGUCAGCUUCAACAGGAGACGCUGCCGAAGUGCAUUAGAAGAAAUCAAUGACAGCAGCGCCUAAGCCAUGUACAGUAGUUACCAAAUGUUGGAAAAAUCUUCCUGUCUGCAUCUAGUAACACCUGAUGAGCCUGAACAUGCAUUUUUAGAAAGUUAGAAAGUUGUAGAAAUCAAUCAUUACUAUAGAUGAAUGAAUAAUAAAUAAAUCUAAAUUUGGUUGUUCCUGGAAUAGAUUCUACCCUUUUGGGGAACCAAUGAUCAUGUUGGUUCAUUAAACCAGCAAGAAAUAUAUGUGACAUGCAGCAAGUUUUUCUUUUCUCAAUAUGAGAUAAACUAAUUUGAGUAACUCAUUGCAUGUUAGUUUUAUGCAAAUAAUAAACAAAUCAGAUAUAAAAAAUGAAGACAUCAACAUACACACUUUCAGGUAAGUAUCAAUGGCUCUAUAUAAUUCAACAAAAUAUUACAAGGAUUUGGGGUAUGGAACAGUAGUAAUUAAAGUUUAAAUUUUAUUCCCCAAAAGAAAAAAAGGAAAAUUGAUUCUAAGAUGUCCAAUUUCAUUAUAGGUGGCUUUUAUAUGGGAAAUCUUAUAUCAAUUUUUUUCACUCUAAAAACUAGAAUCAAGCUAAGUCCACCCAUAACCUCCAAAUUGAUAUCCAGAACUAGAAUCGUGACCCAUAAUGUGUAAUACCCGUAAAAAAGAAGAUUAUUUUAAGUAUUUUUAUAAGUGGAGGUACUUUUUAAUAAAUAAUGAAAAAUACAUUAGACUUAUUCAUAAAUAACCAAACUUUUAAUAGGGUUAGCAUCUAUCACUUAUUUGACAUCAAGAAAAAAAAGGGCUUAUUUU